CAUCAUAAUCAUCACUCGUGGAGACGGGUAUGUCUGUUAAUCGGAGUUAACCUUUAACUGUCACAGGAUUACGUGUCGGUUUAUUCACGCCGUACUUGCUGCCUGUAAGUGUCACCCAGCCAUGGCACAACAGGACAGCGGUGCCAAGAAGAAUCCAGCAGUUGCAGCGCUGCACUCCCAUUUCAUCGUUGGCUCAGUGUCAGAGGAGAACUCCGAGGAUGAAAUCCAAGGGAAGCAGGAAGUGCCGCUGGAGGAGAAGGAGACACGCUCUCUGUCGCCGUCAUCUAGUAGCUCCGACAGCCCGUACGAAAUAGUCUGUGACCAAAACGACGGCCCCACGCACAAUCUAGGCCUGACAGUAGAAUGGACAGAAAACGAUCAAAAAAAGCAGACCAUCAAUGUCCCUUCUGAUGUAUAUGAGCGCGGUUGUAUCAAGGACGUGGAGGAUGGCCUAACCGCUUCUGAGAAGGUUGGCUACCCAAUCAUGGUGAAGGCCUCUGAGGGGGGCGGAGGGAAAGGAAUCCGUAAAGUCAACACUGCUGAUGAUUUCCCUAACCUUUUCAGACAGGUCCAGACAGAGGUCCCGGGAUCCCCGAUUUUUGUCAUGCAGCUUGCCAAACACGCUCGUCACUUGGAAGUCCAGAUCUUAGCUGAUCAGUACGGCAACGCCAUUUCCCUCUUUGGUAGAGAUUGCUCCGUGCAACGACGACACCAAAAAAUCAUAGAGGAAGCUCCAGCUACUAUCGCCACGUCUGAUGUGUUUGAGGAUAUGGAAAAGUGUGCAGUAAAGCUGGCUAAGAUGGUGGGAUACGUCAGCGCAGGUACAGUAGAAUACUUGUACAGCCAGGAUGGCAGCUUCUACUUCCUGGAGCUCAACCCCCGUCUGCAGGUGGAACACCCCUGUACUGAGAUGGUGGCCGACGUCAACUUGCCUGCCGCCCAAUUGCAGAUUGCAAUGGGUAUCCCCCUCUACCGGAUCAAAGACAUCAGGAUGCUUUACGGUGUCCAGCCUUGGGGAGACACUCACAUCGACUUUGAGGGUCUGUCCACAGCGCCGUCACCACGGGGUCACGUCAUCGCAGCACGAAUCACAAGCGAAAAUCCUGAUGAGGGAUUCAAGCCAAGCUCUGGAACAGUGCAAGAGCUAAAUUUCCGCAGCAACAAGAACGUGUGGGGAUACUUCAGUGUGGCGGCUGCUGGAGGACUGCAUGAGUUUGCUGACUCCCAGUUUGGACACUGCUUCUCUUGGGGAGAGAAUCGUGAAGAAGCCAUCUCCAAUAUGGUGGUGGCUUUAAAGGAGCUGUCCAUCAGAGGAGACUUCAGGACCACAGUGGAGUAUCUCAUAAAACUGCUAGAGACAGAAAGCUUCCAACACAACAGCAUUGACACAGGCUGGCUGGACAGACUUAUCUCAGAGAAAAUGCAGGCAGAGCGUCCUGAUACCAUGCUAGGAAUCGUAAGUGGGGCGCUCCAUGUGGCGGACGUUAACUUCCGGAACAGUGUGUCUAAUUUCCUGCAUUCCUUGGAAAGGGGCCAAGUGCUGCCAGCACACACACUUCUCAAUACCGUGGACGUGGAGCUAAUCUACGAGGGCAUAAAGUAUGUCCUAACGGUGACACGGCAGUCUCCAAACUCUUACGUGGUCAUCAUGAACGACUCAUUGGCCGAGGUCGAUGUCCAUCGGCUCAGUGACGGAGGUCUUCUCCUGUCCUACGAUGGCAGCAGCUACACUACGUACAUGAAGGAGGAGGUGGACAGGUAUCGCAUCACUAUUGGAAACAAGACGUGUGUAUUUGAGAAGGAGAAUGAUCCGUCGCUGCUGCGAUCUCCCUCAGCUGGAAAACUCAUUCAGUUUACAGUGGAAGACGGCGGGCACCUAUUCGCUGGCCAGUGCUAUGCUGAAAUAGAGGUGAUGAAGAUGGUAAUGACUCUUACCACGGCAGAGUCUGGAUGCAUACACUACGUCAAGAGGGCUGGAGCAGCACUGGAACCUGGCUGUGUCAUUGCCAAGCUUCAGUUAGAUGAUCCGAGCAGAGUGCAGCAAGCAGAGCUGCACACUGGGGCCCUGCCGUCUCUUCAGUCAGUUGCUUUGAGAGGGGAGAAGCUCCACAGAGUCUUCCACAACACACUUGACCACCUCGUCCACAUCAUGAAUGGCUUCUGUCUUCCUGAAUCGUUCUUCAACGCUAAGUUGAAAGAAUGGGUGGAAAGGCUAAUGAAGACCAUGCGCGACCCCUCUUUACCUCUGUUGGAGCUACAAGACAUCAUGACCAGUGUGUCGGGUCGCAUUCCCCCUGCCGUGGAGAAGUCCAUCAAAAAGGAGAUGGCCCAGUAUGCCAGUAACAUCACCUCUGUUCUCUGCCAGUUCCCAAGUCAGCAGAUCGCCAACAUCCUGGACAGUCACGCUGCAACGCUGAACAAGAAGUCUGAGAGGGAGGUGUUCUUCAUGAACACACAGAGCAUCGUGCAGCUGGUGCAGAAAUAUCGCAGUGGUAUACGAGGUCACAUGAAGGCAGUGGUGAUGGACCUGCUCAGGCAGUACCUGAAAGUUGAGAUCCAGUUCCAGAACGGGCAUUACGACAAAUGUGUGUUUGCGCUACGUGAGGAAAAUAAAGUGGAGAUGGCCAACGUACUCAACUAUAUCUUCUCCCAUGCGCAAGUCACCAAGCGGAACUUGGUGGUCACGAUGCUGAUUGACCAGCUCUGUGGUCGUGAACAGACACUGACGGAGGAACUGGUGGCCAUUUUGACUGAACUUACUCAGCUCAGCAAGACAACUAACGCCAAAGUAGCACUGCGUGCUCGACAGGUAUUGAUUGCUUCCCACCUUCCCUCCUACGAGCUGCGACACAACCAGGUGGAGUCCAUCUUCCUGUCUGCUAUAGAUAUGUACGGGCACCAGUUCUGCAUUGAGAACCUGCAGAAACUGAUCCUGUCAGAAACAUCCAUCUUCGAUGUUUUGCCCAACUUCUUCUACCACAGCAAUCAGGUCGUGAGGAUGGCCGCACUGGAGGUCUACGUGCGCAGAGCGUACAUUGCCUACGAGCUCAACAGCGUCCAGCACCGAGAGCUGAAGGACAACACGUGCAUAGUGGAGUUCCAGUUCAUGCUGCCGACCUCACAUCCCAACAGAGGGAACAUCCCCACACUUAACAGGAUGUCGUUCUCAUCCAAUCUGAACCACUACGGCAUGGUACACGUAGCCAGUGUGAGCGAUGUUCUGCUUGACACGUCUUUUACUCCGCCUUGUCAGCGAAUGGGAGCGAUGGUUGCGUUCCGCUCCUUCCAGGACUUUGUCAGGAACAUCACAGAUGUGUUAAGUUGCUUCUCUGACUCUCCGCCCUCAAGUCCAACUUUCCCAGAGGGCGGCAAUCCUGUUCUGUAUGGUGAAGACGAUAACAAGAGUGUCCAGGACGAACCGAUCCACAUCUUGAACGUAGCCAUCAAGACAGACGGGGACAUCGAUGACGAUAGCCUGGCAGCCAUGUUCCGAGAGUUCACACUGUCAAAGAAAUCCCUGCUGUUUGAACAUGGAAUACGAAGGCUGACGUUCCUCGUGGCUCAAAAGGAUUUCAGGAAACAAAUCAACUGUGAGAUGGACCAAAGGUUUCACAGAGAAUUCCCUAAAUUCUUCACAUUCCGGGCGAGAGACAAAGAGUACAUGGAGGCUUCGUUUGAGUACCUCCACAAUGAAGCCGAGCGGUUGCUGCUGGAAGCUAUGGAUGAGCUGGAGGUGGCUUUUAACAACACGACCGUCAGGACCGACUGUAACCACAUCUUCCUGAACUUCGUUCCUACAGUCAUCAUGGACCCGUCAAAGAUCGAAGAGUCCGUUCGCUCCAUGGUCAUGCGCUACGGAAGCCGACUGUGGAAGCUGCGGGUUCUGCAGGCCGAGCUGAAAAUCAACAUCCGACUGACUCCGACAGGAAAGCAAAUCCCCAUCCGCCUGUUUCUGACCAACGAGUCUGGCUACUACCUCGACAUCAGCCUUUACAAGGAGGUCACUGAUUCCCGAACCGGACAGGUGGGGCCCAAAGACCGACAGAUCAUGUUCCAGGCAUAUGGGGACAAACAGGGUCCACUUCAUGGCAUGCUCAUAAACACACCCUACGUCACCAAGGACCUGCUGCAGUCCAAACGUUUCCAGGCACAGUCUCUAGGCACCACCUACGUCUAUGACUUUCCUGAAAUGUUCAGACAGGCUCUGAAAAAGUUGUGGCACAGUUGUCAGGCCUACGCUGAGUUACCCAAGUGUCCUCUACCCUCUGAGCUGCUCACCUUUACAGAGUUGGUCCUUGAUGCCCAAGGUCAGCUGGUGCAGAUGAACCGACUGCCGGGAGGCAACGAGAUCGGAAUGGUGGCUUGGCGGAUGACCUUGCGGACUCCCGAGUGUCCGGCCGGACGUGAGAUCGUCGUCAUAAGUAAUGAUAUCACGCACAAGAUCGGAUCGUUCGGGCCCCAGGAGGACUUGCUGUUCCUGCGAGCUUCGGAAAUGGCCCGUGAGAGCGGCAUCCCCCGGAUCUACAUCGCAGCCAACAGUGGCGCUCGCAUCGGACUGGCAGAGGAAAUAAGACACAUGUUCCAUGUGGCCUGGCAUGAUCCUUCUGACCCAAAUAAGGGUUUCAAGUACCUCUACCUCACACCUCAGGAUUACAAAAAGGUUUCAGCCCUGAACUCUGUGCAUUGUGAACACGUGGAGGACGAGGGAGAGUCCAGGUACAAGAUCACUGACAUUAUUGGAAAGGAUGAAGGACUCGGUGUGGAGAAUCUCAAAGGUUCUGGAAUGAUAGCAGGAGAAUCUUCUCUGGCUUAUGACGAAAUCAUCACCAUGAACCUGGUCACGUGUAGAGCCAUAGGAAUCGGGGCAUAUUUGGUGAGGCUGGGACAAAGAACGAUCCAGGUGGAUAACUCUCACAUUAUUCUUACUGGAGCUGGAGCACUGAACAAGGUGCUGGGGAGAGAAGUAUACACGUCAAACAAUCAGCUGGGUGGAAUACAGAUCAUGCACAACAACGGUGUGACUCACUGCACUGUCUGUGAUGACUUUGAGGGAGUGUUCACCCUCCUGCAGUGGCUGUCCUACAUGCCUAAGUGUACAUCAAGCCCAGUGCCUAUCCUUAUGGCCAAGGAUCCCAUUGAUCGGCUCAUAGACUUCAUUCCCACCAAGGCCCCAUAUGACCCCCGCUGGAUGCUGGCGGGGCGGCCCAGCCAGACUCCUAAGGGUUACUGGCAGAGUGGUUUCUUUGAUCAAGGAUCUUUCAUGGAGAUUAUGAAGCCGUGGGCCCAGAGUGUGGUGGUAGGCAGAGCCAGACUGGGCGGGAUACCCACAGGAGUUGUUGCAGUGGAAACCAGGUCAGUUGAGCUCUCAAUACCAGCUGAUCCUGCCAAUCUGGACUCGGAGGCCAAAAUCAUCCAACAGGCAGGACAAGUGUGGUUCCCAGAUUCUGCCUUCAAAACUGCACAAGCCAUUAAGGACCUGAACCGAGAAGGCCUACCUCUCAUAGUGUUCGCCAACUGGAGAGGGUUUUCUGGAGGCAUGAAAGAUAUGUAUGACCAGGUGUUGAAGUUUGGGGCCUAUAUCGUAGACGGGCUGAGAGAAUACAAACAGCCAGUGCUGGUUUACAUUCCACCUCAGGCUGAACUAAGGGGAGGCUCUUGGGUGGUUAUCGAUCCUACCAUCAACCCUCGACACAUGGAGAUGUACGCUGACAAAGAAAGCCGUGGUGGAGUGUUAGAGCCUGAAGGAACAGUGGAGAUAAAGUUCCGAAGGAAAGACCUGGUGAAGACCAUGAGAAGAGUGGAUCCGGUCUACAUGGGCCUGGCUGAAAGACUGGGAACCCCAGAGCUGAGCCCACCUGACCGCAAAGAGCUGGAGACCAAGUUGAAGGAACGGGAAGAGUUUCUGCUGUCCAUCUACCACCAGGUGGCUGUGCAGUUUGCAGACCUCCAUGACACCCCAGGGCGCAUGCAGGAGAAGGGGGUAAUCUCGGACAUCCUUGAAUGGCGAACAUCCCGCCGGUUCUUCUACUGGCGUCUGCGGCGUCUGCUGCUGGAGGACACGGUGAAGAGGAAGAUUCAAGCUGCUAACGGCGAACUGACGGACGGUCAGAUCCAGGCCAUGUUACGCCGCUGGUUCGUGGAGGCCGAGGGAGCUGUUAAGGCGUACCUCUGGGAUAACAACGAAGAGGUGGUGGGCUGGCUGGAGAGACAUCUAGCCGAAGAGGAGGGCGCCAGGUCUGUGAUCGACGAGAACAUCAAGUACAUCAGGCGCGAUCACAUCCUCAAACAGAUCCGCAGCCUGGUUCAAGCCAACCCAGAGGUUGCCAUGGAUUCAAUCGUGCACAUGACCCAGCACAUCUCACCCACACAGAGAACAGAGGUGGUUCGUAUCCUGACUACUAUGGAGACAUCAGCAAACUCCUAAUCAGAAGCCAGCCAUCUCCCUUCUCUCUCUCUUCCUUCCUUGCUGUCUGAGCCAGAGUUAAGGCCGCAGAACUUAGGCCGUGAUGGAGGCUUUAUCCAUAAUUCUACGUUUUCAUUUGAGAACAGUGAUUUAGAUUUUUUUUUAAAAAAGCUUAGCUUCAGCAUCUACACCCAUGACAAAUUUUAAAUUUAGCAUAUGUUGACAGGGAGCUGAUUAACAACGGUACAAAAUGGAUGUUGUAUUCAGGCGUAUGAUGAGGUCACGAUAACUCGAACAUGGUACAUGAUGAAGCUUCGAUGGCGAUUGCUGAUGAUAUUUGCAUUGUGGCCGACAGGAUCAGGACACGCGUGUCUUAAACCAGCCAGACUAACAUUUCUGGUAGUUGUUCUAAACCAGGCGUGGGCAAACUUUAGACUCGCGGGCCACAAUUGUCCUAAAAUUGACUGGAGCGUUCUAAGAACCAGGAUACAUGACAUCUACAGGACAUGCAUAAAGGCUAAAAUGCUAAAAGUAGCAUUUUUAUUUUUGGCGCCAUCUAUUGGGGAAAUGUGGGUAUUGCAGGAAAAA